AUAAGGAAAACCAGUUGUUUUGAUAAACUUGAUUUGUACAACUCAAAUACCCCUAGAAAAUUCAAUUUCGAGUAAUCAUAUUUCCCUUCAAGAUUAAUGUCUGAAGUUUGAUUUGAAAAGGCUGAAAAACGAUGUCAGAAGGCGGCUUGUUCUCAACUUAUUCACUCUGCAGUUCUGCAGCUGGAGUUCUAGGGAACCUCCUUGCUUUUGUGUUAUUUGUAUCACCUAUACCGACAUUUAGGAGAAUUAUAAGAAGCAAAUCGACAGAAGAAUUUUCAGGGUUGCCUUAUAUAUAUUCUCUCUUGAAUUGCUUGAUAUGCCUUUGGUAUGGGACACCUAUUGUAUCUCCUGGCAUAAUUUUGAUUUUCACGGUGAAUUCGAUUGGAGCCAUUUUCCAGUUCAUUUACAUAAUCAUCUUCAUUAUAUAUGCGGAUAGAACAAAAAAGGUGAAGAUGCUCGGCUUGUUACUUGCAGUGUUUGCCGUAUUUGGGGUGAUUGUGUUUUUAAGCAUUAAUAUCUUCGAACCACCAAAUCGACAACUUUUCAUUGGAUAUUUGUCCGUCUUUUCUCUUGUAUCAAUGUUUGCUUCUCCACUAUUCAUUAUUAAUUUGGUGAUAAAAACAAAGAGCGUCGAAUACAUGCCAUUUUAUCUCUCGCUUGCGACCUUUUUGAUGAGUAUUUCCUUCUUUGCAUACGGAAUGUUCAAGCAGGAUCUAUUUAUUUCUGUUCCGAAUGGGAUUGGAGCAAUUCUCGGGAUUAUACAGUUGGUGCUGUACUUCUGUUACAGUAGAAAAUCUGGGGAGGAGAGUCGAAGACCUCUGCUUGAGUCUUAUGCAUGACUUAGAGAAUUAUUGCUCAAACGGUGCGGUGGGAUUUUACAUUUUUUUUUUUAUGUUAUGUGAUUCCAUAUUGUAUGAUGAUGUCAUGCUCAAAUUUGUUAGUUGUCGUACAAUUAUUAUUCAAGAGAUCAAAUGCAGGGUUGCUCAUUUUGGUUUAUUUAAUUUUAAUACUUUCGUUUGAA